UGUCAUCGAUAUGCCAUAUGGAAUGUAAGUUUUCAAAUGCCGCACGCACCAUUUAUACCUGUGCUAAGAUAUCGUCAGCCAUCAGUUUCUUUAGGGCUGGUUCAGCUUCUAAGGUGAAUGAAGUCGUGGAUGUACUCAUCCACUUCACUUUCCGUCUGUAAAAUGGGAAUCGGUGCAGACUAGUCUUGCGGCAUCAGCUCACAUCUAAUAGAGGCGAAUCCUAUGUAAAAUAUGCUGAGAUUUCUACCCAAAGUGCUCAGGAAACUCUCCAUUCUGACACAGUGGAGAUUGUUAUGAAGUGUUAUCAUUUUAGAACGUCUUCAGUAGCUUAGACAUGUGCUACGAAUGUCAUCCCAGCGGCUGUCAUACAGUCCUCUGAUUGUUAGUCGUGUGACUAGAUGGAAAAAAGCAUAGCAAUAGUCAGUCGACGAUGCGGCGCUGUGAGACAAAGAAUAGUUGUGUUAGGUUGGCAUCUGUCAGUGCACCAUGACUCCCUAGGUGAAAUCCGAGAGAUAAUUCUAAUCAGUGGCGAACGUGCUGAUAUUUUCUCCCUUUCUGAAAGUAGCAAAAUAGUGAAUCAUCCUUUGAAUGCCUUCGAUGCUGUUCCUUAUUUAUUCCAUUCCAUUUUUCUUGCAUUAAUGAUGUAUUAUUUUUGUAUGGUGCAUCUCUUGGUUCCUAUAUUAUACCAGGUUUGUGUUCAAACAAUAGUGAUAUGAUUACUAAACUGGUAUGUGU